AUGAUAAGGGGGACCCUUUGGAUACCUUGGCCAGGGGAAACCCUUGGUUUGGAACCUCAACAACCUUUCCUAUUUUGUCGUCUUGUUUUCUCCACCACAAGAAGUGAACACCCUGUUAUAAAUUUGGUUGGCUCUGAAAGCCAGACUGAAUGUGAAGUCAAGAAAAAGAAGAGUGUGAACACAACAGAAGAAGAAGCUGUGGAACUCUCCAUCUUACACUCAAAUCCUCUGGCCCCUAAAAGUGAUCCAAAGGGUAUGGCCCUCAUAAUGGUCAAUGACAUUCUGGCAAAUGCUACUGACACACUGAGUUACAUUGAAGAGUUGAUCAAGCAAACCUCAGAUGAACAAUUGGAGCAACAACUGGCUUUCUGUGCUGAGUCAUACAUCCCAGUUGUGAAGUACAUUCUCCCACAAGCAGCUGAUGCCAUAAGCCAAGGUCGAUUUGGGUUUGCCAGUUACUGUAUAGUUGAUGCUCAGAAGGAAGUAAAUGCUUGCGACAAAAAAUUUUCUGGCUCAUCUCAGGCACCCUUAAGUGAUAGAAAUGACAUUAUGCAGAAGCUCGUGGAUGUGGCUGCAGCCAUAGUUAAACUACUAUUAAAUGGCUGA